AUGGGUUUUCACUAUUUUAGUGAUAGUGGGUGUGGUGUAGAACCUGGCAUGGUGCGCUUAGGUAUAGCAGUAUAUGGAGUUCUUUCUGUAAAUAUCAUAUUUUUCGGGUUAAAACAUUCGAUUAAUACGACCUUCAUUCCAGUAGAAGGGUCUGAAAUCGUAUCUGGAGAUACGAAGCUAUUUUCUGAAUCAUUGAUUCAGGGGAUCAAGUCGAAUUAUUCCAAAGAAGCACAUCAGACUUUAACAAGUGUGUCCAUGCCACUUACUAACGGAAUUGGCAGCGAAAAAGUUAUCAAAAUAGGUAAAAAAAAGCUGAUCACUUGA